CGAGUUUCAUUUUCUGUAAUUUGUUAUGUUUAGCUGUUCUGAGAGGCGGUAUAUUAGAAUACCAUGCACUCUGGACAGUAUAAGUAUUUUGCAGACUUCCCACCUUAGGCUUUUAUAUUUCAUGGAGGCAGUUGAGGGGCUAGAGAGUGAUAAAAUUAUUGGGCGAGGUUGCAGGGGUAAAACUUCUUGUCUUUUAAUCUUACCUCCACUGAAUAGCAGAACGACAGAUGAGAGGCGUUGCAUCAUAUUUUGUGACCGUCGUACAUGUUCAAGUGCACGAGCCCCCUGCGCAUUUCACGUACUGUAAUUAUUUUACCAUUUACAUUUAACGUACCACAGUUAAUGUAACUUUUUCAAGUUCUACUUUCUGUUCCGUCCUCGUGUUUCUUAUAGUGUUGCAUCAGGAGCUAUGAUUGGAAAUAACUCUUCUGCAUGUUGUUUCUUUCAAAAGCAACAUUCGCCAAUUAUAUAGGUAGCUAAGAGUGGGUAAUUUUGGGCUGUAAAACAUAUAUCCGAUGUUGCGACUAUUUUCCACGAUUUCACGCUUUUAAGUUUAAUGUAUUUAUUUCAAAGGGGGUGCGUGCAAACUAAAUAGAAAUAUCGACCAAGAAUAUAUCCAUGUACGUAAAUGCAGAUUUCAAAUAAAUGAUUGUUUUAAAACGACACGAUAGUUAUUCUUUCUGAUUGUUUGUUUAUUUGACGUUUUACGUUGUGUAUUUUGCGCAGACAGCUCGUGCACGUGAACAGGGACCUUGCGUUCAUUCCCAACAAUAACACGCGAGACCGCGCCCCUGGAGUCACAAAAUACCGUGUAACACCGGAUCUUCCAGGAGAUCUGGGAUGUCUGAUUUUGUGAGCCGUCAGCCCCUUCCAAUUCAUUGGGGAAGUAUUUUCGAUGUUUCUACUCUGCCUAGGAUGGCAUUCCUGAGCUCCACUGCUCAUAAACAGCAUUUGAUUUGGGAAACAGACCGGCUGGUUGCCUUCCUACACCCCGAACCCUGGACUCCAGGAGCUGCUGUCCUGACUCAGAGAUCCCCCAACCGCCCCAGCAGCAUUUUUCACUUGGCAGAGACGGAGUUUCUGUCUCUGCUGCUGGGUGCACGGACGGUGGCCGCCCUCCUUUGCGAGCGUCUUUCGGUGCAGCGCUGUGCGCUGGUGUUCAAACCCGAGCCGGAGCGGCCGGCUCACAUCCGCGUGCUGCCCCUGCAUGGGCUGGAUCCCAGCUGGAGGCCCCACUUGGCCGAGGAGAAGGACUUCCAGCCUCACGAUCCCGGUUACUGUACCUCCAAAUGUGGGCCACGCUGGCAGGAUGCAGAAUUGGAGAAGAUCCGGGGCAAAAUUCGGGCCAAGCUCCCAACUCCCGACGCACCUCCAAACUACAGUUUCCUGGGCGAUCCCUCUCACUGCGGCCUCUUCUCCCGCAUUGUGCGCGGGGAGGAGCAGCAGUGGCGGGUCUGGGAGGAUGAGGCCCAUGUGGCCUUCCUCACACCUUUCCCCAGCGCGCCAGGCUUCACUGUCCUGGUGCCCCGCCGGCCGCUAACCAGCGACAUCUUCCGCCUGGAGGAAGAUGACUACAGGGCUUUGGUUCUGGCCGCACGCAAGGUGGCUCUGCUGCUCGAGGAGGGGUUGGGCGCCUGGGGGGUCGCGCUCAUCUUUGAGGGCUUUGAGAUUGAUUAUGCUCAUGCCAAACUCAUUCCCCUACUCACUCCACCUGACGGGUCCGUACCCAGAUCUGCCCCCGAGUACUGCCCUACCUACCCCGGAUAUGUCACAUCAGUUGAUGGCCCUGUGGCCAGCAUGGAGAUCCUUAGAGAUCUCCAUCUAAAAAUAACCCAGCCAUAGCUGCAGAUAAUUCAUUUUGAAUUAAACAGUUUUGUUGUUAUGAUUGUCAUGGGUAACCUAGAGCCUGUUCCGGCAUACAUAGAACACAUGGGGCACAAGGCAGGCUGAUUGGGAAGAUUUAUUAAUAAUAAUAAUAUCUUAUUAUUAUUGAUGAUCUUAUCAUUAUAAUAUUUUUAUAAUACUUUCUACCCAUGGUCUCAAAGUUGUAUACACACCACUCACAAGAAAAUCAACAGCAACCUCAAGAAUGAUAUUUAUUUGUUGUUUAUGUUAUAUUUAUUUGGGAGUUUGACUCCUGCACCAGUUCUCUCUAGAUGGGGAUGGUAAUGUAUUAUGGUUGGAACUGGAUACUGGUCCUCCAGGUUCCGGGUCGCCUACCCCAGCUGUAAGGUUUUCCAUUUAUAUAAUACUGUUGUUUUGGGUUUAAUUGGAAAUAAUUUGCUUGAUUGUGGAGCUGCUUAAAACCAAACAUUACAUUUGCAGAGGUCCACUCACUUUUGAAAUAAAUAGUAUAAUGUUCAGUUUUUUUUUUUUAUUUUUAUUUUUUUACCCUGAAUCAAUUAAUCUAAUUGCUUAUUAAAUUACUGGAGCUGUCUUCAGCUUGCUGCUCUGCCUACAUUACGCGGGAAUUAUUUUCUUCUACCGCCCCCUAGUGGUGCAGCAUGCAUUGAAAUUCUGUGAACUGCAGAAUCUUUUGACGUUGCAAUCCAUUUGGCACUUGUAUAUUUUAGCACAGCAUUGUUUACACUAACUGCUCCUGCACUAUAUUAAUUAAGAGCAAAAUAUGUGUAUUCUUGUUUCACAGAUGGGUUAUGGAUUGAAUGUAUCCAUUUUUGAUUUUCUGGAUGGAAUUUUCUGCUAAAUGAAUAAAGUAUGACCUUUGAUUAAUAGUA